UCAGUCAGUUUAACUGACAUCUGUCUCAUUCGUUUGCCGCCUUUUACAAUAAAUAGACCGAGUAGUCGUUAACAAGAACUUUCGAGUGUGACUCCCUUUGUUCUUAGCGUUUAAAAAUCAAAAAGUGCAUUAAAAAUAGUUAAGCCAUUUUAAGCAAACGGUCCAGCCAUGUUCGAAGCGCGUUUAGUGAACAGUUCAACCUUUAGAAAGGUUCUGGACGCAAUCAAAGACUUGUUAAACGAGGCGUCUUUUGAUUGUUCUGAAAAUGGAAUUCAGCUGCAAGCCAUGGAUAGUUCGCACGUAUCUCUAGUUUCCCUCAAUCUGAAAUCGGAUGGUUUCGAUAAGUUCCGUUGCGACCGCAACCUGACCAUGGGGAUGAACUUAACUAGUCUAGGGAAAGUGUUUAAGUGCUCAGGGGCCGAUGAUACGGUCACCAUGAAGGCCCAAGACUAUGCAGAUACAGUAACGUUCAUGUUCGAGUCGAAAAAGCAAGAUAAGAUUUCCGAUUACGAGAUGAAGCUGAUGAAUCUAGACCAGGAACAUUUGGGGAUUCCAGACACCGAGUUUUCCUGCAUCAUCAAAAUGCCCUCAAUUGAAUUUGCCAGGAUAAUAAGAGAUUUGUCUCAGUUUGGCGAGUCCAUUGUGAUUUCCUGCACCAAGGAAGGCGUCAAGUUCUCAGCCCAGGGCGAUAUUGGGACUGGCAAUGUUAAGCUGGCCCAAACCCACAACUUCGAUAAGGAAGAGGAAUCGGUCACCAUUGAUCUACAAGAGCCAGUUGCCCUAACGUUCGCCUGCCAGUAUUUGAACUCCUUCACAAAGGCAACUCCCCUCAGCAACCAAGUGAAGCUUUCAAUGUGCGAGAAUGUUCCAUUGGUUGUUGAGUACCAGAUUCCCGAGUUGGGCCAUUUGCGAUUUUAUUUGGCCCCCAAGAUCGAAGAAGACGAGAACUGAGCCCCAAUUUUUACUUCCUAUCUCAUCACUGUUAACGUUGUUUUAAGGUUUUGGAAAACAUCAGGAUAUGCUGAAUACUCCAAUGAUAAUAUAAGUUUUAUAACUGA